AGUUUGUGUUUGCUGCACUGCUGUUCCAGGUGUUACUGCGUUUGCGCCGAUCGAAUUUCUUAAACCCCUUAUUUCAUAUUUGAAAUCUUCAAUAUUUUCUACUAUUAAAAAUUUGUUCACAUAUUAAAGGAGAUAAUAUUUCGCUUGUUCACCAACCGAUUGAUUGAAUAUUGAUAAAAUGGCAGAAGCUGAAGAAAAAAUGGGAGAAACGAUAAGAAGUGAAACCGAAACUGUGGAAUCUUGCGAACACCUUGAAGAGGAAGAUGAAACAUUUUUCCAGGAUAUAGAACUCUUGUUAGACUGUGGAAUACUUCAAGAAGAUGUUAAACGAUUGAAAGAAGCUGGUAUCAACACUAUUAAGGCUGUCCAAAUGACUACACGUAAAAAAUUAUGUGAAAUCAAAGGUAUCCAUGAAGAAAAAAUAGACCGAAUUAAAGCAGCUUGUUGUAAAAUAGCUGCAAGCAAUAUAUUCAUAACUGGUUUGGAAGUAUCCGAUCAAAGAAAACAAGUGUUUAGAUUAUCUACUGGAAGUUGUAAUUUGGACCGAUUGUUAGGAGGAGGGAUCGAAUCUAUGUCCAUCACAGAAGCGUUUGGAGAGUUUAGGACAGGAAAAACUCAGUUGUCGCAUACAUUAUGUGUAACAGCUCAGAUGCCUGGUGCAAACGGCUAUCUUGGCGGAAAGGUCAUGUUCAUUGACACGGAACAUACUUUUCGGCCAGACAGGCUUCGUGCUAUUGCUGAUAGAUUCAAUUUGGAUCAAACAGCUGUUUUGGAGAAUAUUUUAUAUGCCAGAGCGUACAACUCUGAACAUCAGUUUGAACUGCUAGAGAGUGUUGCUGUGAAGUUCCAUGAAGAAGCAGGCAUUUUCAAACUCCUAAUCGUCGACUCCAUAAUGGCCUUGUUCAGAGUCGACUACUGCGGCCGCGGCGAAUUGGCUGAUCGUCAGCAAAAACUGGGUCAAAUGAUGUCCAAAUUACAGAAGAUCAGCGAAGAGUUCAACGUUGCCGUGUUCGUCACUAAUCAGAUAACCAGCAGUUUCAGCGGGAUUUUGUCCGAGGACCAGCUGUCUAAGCCUGUUGGAGGGAAUGUUUUGGCUCAUGCCUCAACCACCAGAUUGGCGCUGAGAAAAGCGGGCGUUGGGAACAAACGAAUAGCUAAAAUCUACGACAGCCCAGACCUGGAAGAAAGCGAAGCGACUUUUGUUAUCACAACCGGAGGCGUCGAUGACCCAAAAGAUUAGAGUUGUUUUGGUUUUAACAUAGUCUUUAAGUUCGUUGAUUCUUGAUUUUUAAUUAAUAUGCAUAUAUGUGUAAUGUGUAUAGAUUGUAAAAUAAUUAUUCAUGCAUUAAAG